AUGGCUUCUCUAUUCCAACGGGAGUUGCUGGACUGUGAACAUUCCCUCUUCGGAUCUCCUCCUCCUUCACCAGGUAGGUCGCCGUCGCCUACGUUGGCGCUCCCAGGCUCGACUUGUAGUGAAAUUGGUUUGAGUGCUACACAAAACGUGGGGACCAUUGCACUUCCUGGUUCCCAACAUUUUUCUGAACUUCCCCUCAAUCCAUUAGCCUUGCCGUCGAGCCUUCAGCAAGCUCGUCGGCCUCCGGCCCAUUCAAACGUGUCACAACGGCCUGUGUACAAUCACGUUUUCCAUGCUGCGGCAGGAUCAACGUCAUCUUCUCCUGCCUCAUCCCGCUCUUCAUCUCAAGGCCCUCCCCUGAGGAGCAAGAAGAAGGUCAUGAAGGCCAAAUCAAAAGAGUCAACCCUUCGCCUGCCUGGCCCAGAAAUUGCUCUCCCUGAUCCAUCUGCUCCACCACCGGCCCAUUUCUUGCGUAACCAGACAGCCCUUCUGGGGCUGGCGGGUUUGGUAGGUGGCAUAAAACCCUCUAACCUCUCCAUGCCACGCCACAUCCGCGGGGCAACCUCAUCGAACCCCAUUGUGAUUGAGGACGAAGAUGACACACCCACCCUUGGCCGCACCUCCGGAUUUCGUCAGCCUUAUCAACAAGCAAUCGAUCCAGCAUUGCUGCCAGCCCCCAGCAACCAAGAUAUUGUGUCUAUGCUAAUUCGGCAAAAGAAUAUUUUUCCAGUGUUAGAAAGCAUCCUCAAGCUCAUCGCUGCCGGGUCUCAGGACCAGCCACAAGGUUCCCAGCGUCGUUCAACUUCGCAACAACCUCGCGAGCAGACCCCAGUGUCCCACCCUGUAAAAAAACGAAAGCUCAAUCGUGUUCCUGCUGGAGCCACGGAUUGGGAUGUGCCAUACCCUUUUGAGCAAGGAGAGGGCCCAGAUGCCUACCAAACAACGUGGGAGCGUGAACGAGGCAAGCAGUUAAUAUCCCAGCUUGUCAGUAUAAUCAAGACAGCUGCUCGUAAAGCGGCCACAAAAAAAUAUCUAAAAAGUCAAGAAACCACGAAACGAGGCUUAGGAGAGACGGGCGAACAGACGUUAGCUGGAACUUAUCCAGUGAGAAGGGAAGGAGGUGAAGAAGUCCGCGUCCAUGGAUAUUAUAAACCAGAAACUGCUGUUUAUGGUCUCGGCCAACGUGUGACAACCCAGCAAGGUUCAGAAGUCUUGACUGACGCUAGUAAUGGGAGAAAAGGAACACAAUCUGCAGCAGUUGGUGUUACCCAGUUGAGCAGACCCCUUACAUCACCGGAAACGCAACCUCAAACACCAUUUGACCAAUUCAUAUCCUCCCUUCUGGCCGCCUCUACAGAUCAAGGCUCGUCAUCCCACGUUUCCCCAAUCUCAACAAGCGCGCCUCCAGAUUUGCCGCUUGGGGCGAGUGGAAAUACAGAGUCACUGACUGUGCAAAGUCAGAAUGAGGGGGAUGAUCGGGUCCUGUUUGAUAGUUGGAUAAACGCUUUGCAAGCACUACCUGUGCCUUCUGAAGGCUUUUCGCAAUCGCAACAGCCUUCGUCGUCUGAUGCUCCGCCUUUGCAUUCAUCUGAUGACUUCGGCUUUUUCGACCCCACCCUUCCUUGCUUUGAUUGGAACGGGGCCUUUGAGGAGGGCUCCUUGUCCUCCAUUAUGACGGAAUUUGGCUCAAGUGGCAUGAACGUUGGUCAGCCAACCGUUUUUGCUGAUAUAUCGCACUUGGCUGAACAGGAUUAUCUUAUUGACCCUGAACUCCUGGCAGUUUCAAAGCCCAACAAUGAACGGCGUUCCGAAGAGAGUCUACCAGCUUCCCUGGCCCCUUCACCAAUACCUUCAAUGAGCUCCUCUGGUGACUCGGAUCCCAAGACACCUACCUUCUCAGGGUGGGACAUGACUUUACCUGGCAUUGAUGUUGAUGGAUCAGCCAUGCUGGAGGAUAGUUUAAGGCUGAACGAAGGUUCCCAUGGACUUCAAGGCAAUAACGAAUCGAACGCGUCCGGGGACUUGACAUUUUUCAAUGGUGCUAUGAGUGUGGAUAAAGGAAAAGGAAGGGAGGUGGUGCCGUCAGCCAUCUCACUUUCAAGUAGCACGGUGUCCGACGCACAGGAAGCAGCUUUCCGAGCUCUGCUCGCGGAUCAGGGAAGCGAGCUGUGCCUUUCACUGCCGAGUUCCUCCCAAGCGUCGAAAGAUGAAGUUUUGAGACGCGGGCACGAAAGAAAGAAAAGAUUGGAGGAGGAAUUGCAGCGUGUAAGGCUUCAGUUGUGGGAGACGACCGUAGAACAGGCAGCACUUUCACACUUGGUCAAUAUAUGA